AUGCUUAGGCGGGUUUUUGUAGGCGCAUCCAAACGACCUUUAUCGAGAUGUAUAAGCAGUACUAGCUUAUUAAAGCAGCAAACUAGCUACGUACCAAGGAAUGCACCUGUCGCACCACUCAACCCACAACUCAAACCAACGAACAGCUAUUAUUACACAGGCAGACCACUUUUCGAAUCCUCAAUAGCUAAUUUGGAAAAUUUAAAGAGGGAUUCUCAGAGGUCCAUAUCUCUCGCACUCGCUCUACCAACGAAGAAGCUUCAUUUGUUACGCUCACAAAACGACACUGGUGUUAUUUUCAAGUGGCUCAGUCAAGAAGCAGUAGAAAAAAAGUUAGAAACUCAUUUGAAAGUAUCUGAAUAUCGUCGCUUAGUCGAUCUCCUUAAUUCUAUCACAAAGUUACUCCCAGCAGCAAGAUCUGGCGGUUCACAAACUGCCCAAAUUGUCAACGAUAUUGAAGUAGCUGUAAGAGAAUUUGAACCUCCAGGUGGUAGAGAAGUUCAAGUAGGACAACGUAAACCAGUUGAAAUCGAUGAACUCGGUAGAAGUUACACUGUUGGUAGACGCAAAGAGAGCUCUGCUAGAGUGUGGUUAGUACCAACAUCACCUGAAAAAGAGGUCCGUAAUACCGAGAUUCUCGUCAACAACUUACCAAUUUACGAGUUUUUCCCUCGUAUACACGAUAGAGAAUCUAUAACUUUACCAUUCAGAGUAACCGGUCAAUUGGGAAAUUUCAAUGUAUUUGGAUUAGUUAGAGGCGGUGGUACCUCUGGACAAGCUGCCGCUCUCGCACAUGGCAUUGCUAAAGGAUUGCUCGGUCAAAUCGACCAACGGUUGGGUUUGGAAUCUGAUGACGACCGCAGCGUAAAGAGAACACUCAAGAAGGCUGGUGUUCUUCUCCGCGAUCCUAGACAAGUUGAAAGAAAGAAGACUAACCUUGUCAAAGCCCGUAAGCAAAGAACCUGGGUCAAGAGGUAG